GUCUACUUCCGGUCUUGACGUAGCGCCGCGUCUGCUUCCGCUCGCUGCCGGAGCACUUUCUUUCUUUCUUUUCUGCGUGGGAUGGAGGCUUGGCAAGGUCCUCUCCGGAGUUCGGAUGUUUGAGCGGCUGUGUGGCGAGGUUUCGCGCUGCGGGUCCUGAGCCGUUUCGUUGUUAGCGCUCAGGUCGCCUUGCCCGGCGGCCGAAAGCGCGGACAAACUGGAAGGCAGACGCACCGCUCCUCGCUGCUUUACUCAGGCCGAGAAAAGCUGAGUUCAUAGUUGCUGGUGAACUGAGCUGGAACUUGUUAGUGCAGCAGGUGUUUAUUGGAGAAGUAACUCACAAGGAAGUGAAGAUGAGUAAGAGCAAAGAUGAUGCACCUCAUGAGCUAGAGAGCCAGUUUAUCUUACGGUUGCCCCCAGAAUAUGCCGCUACUGUGAGGAGGGCAGUGCAGUCUGGGCACGUCAACCUGAAAGACAGACUGAGCAUUGAGUUACACCCUGAUGGGCGUCAUGGGAUUGUCAGAGUGGAUAGAGUGCCCCUGGCUGCAAAAUUGGUAGAUUUGCCGUGUGUUACGGAGAGCUUGAAAACCAUUGAUAAAAAAACCUUUUACAAGACAGCUGAUAUCUCUCAGAUGCUUGUAGCCACAGUAGAUGGUGAUCUAUAUCCUCCUGUGGAGGAGCCAGCUGCUACUGCUGAUCCCAAAGCAAACAAGAAAAAAGAUAAGGACAAAGAGAAAAAGUUUGUUUGGAACCAUGGAAUUACUCUACCUCUAAAAAAUGUCAGAAAGAGAAGGUUCCGGAAGACAGCAAAGAAGAAGUACAUUGAAUCUCCAGAUGUGGAAAAAGAAGUAAAGCGGCUGCUGAGUACAGAUGCAGAAGCUGUCAGUACUCGUUGGGAGAUAAUUGCUGAAGAUGAAACAAAGGAGGCAGAAAAUCAAGGCCUUGAUAUCUCCUCUCCUGGAAUGUCUGGCCACAGGCAGGGCCAUGACUCACUAGAGCAUGAUGAGCUUCGAGAGAUAUUCAAUGACCUCAGCAGCAGCAGCGAAGAUGAAGAAGAUGUAAACAUCAUUGACACUGAGGAGGAUCUGGAGAGACAGCUACAGGACAAGCUAAAUGAGUCAGAUGAACAACACCAAGAAAAUGAAGGAACCAAUCAGUUGGUUAUGGGAAUUCAGAAGCAGAUUGAUAAUAUGAAAGGCAAGCUUCAAGAAACCCAAGACAGAGCAAAGCGCCAGGAGGAUCUCAUCAUGAAGGUAGAAAACCUGGCUCUGAAGAACAGGUUUCAAGCUGUUCUGGAUGAGCUCAAACAGAAGGAAGACCGGGAAAAGGAGCAGCUUAGCUCUUUGCAAGAAGAGCUGGAAUCACUUCUGGAGAAGUGACAAGGUUGACGUUAGUCCUUAGACUAGUCAGCUUAAGAGGAAUUUAUUUUCAGAGUGAGGUCUUGAAAAAUUCUUCUUUUUUCUUUGAAAUAUUCUUAUUUCCUGUAAUGCUAGGAGUUAUUGUGUUGAUUGUUUUCACUCUUAAGAAAAUAGGAUUACGUAGGCAGAUUUGUUGUAGUGUAAGGUUAGUGAAGUGACAACACUGAGCUUUUAAUCACUUCACCAUAGGACUUUAUUACAAUUUGUUUCCUAAGUUUCUAGUCCUAUUCUUCGGUGCUAAGAUCAGUAAGAAGCUAGCUAGCCUACAGGCAAUGGAGUGUUUUUUUUUUUUUUUUUAAGAAAUAUAUUUUUUUAUCUUCUCAGCAAGUUUCCAUGUUACAGAAAUGCAAGUUUUUUCAUAAAAGUUGUUUUUUGCACAAUAAAAGUUACUAAUUUUCACUUUG